AUGGAAGUAAAUUCCUUCAAAGUUUGGAUGAAAUUAAUUAAAAUUCAUGAGGGAAAGUAUAACAUUCUCAUAUUACCCUUUACCACCACCACCAUUCACCACCAUCAUCGCCCAAAUUACCGCCACCAAUCAUUGUCGUCGCCGCCACCACCAUCACCACAGUUACCGCCCCCAUCGCCACUUAUCAUUACCACCACCACCUACCUCUACCACCACCAUCACCAUCACUACCAUUACCACCUGUCACCACCACCACUACAACCACCACCCAUCGCCGCCACCACCGCCAGAACGUUACUGGUAUCAUUCAUCACCGCUACAACCAUCGCCACCAUCACCCACCACGACAACCAUCACCCACCACGACAACCAUCACCGCCUCCGCCACUACCACCGCCAUAUGCUACCAAACACCUACCACCACUACCACCUACUACCAUCACUAACCAUCACAUAUAA